AUGGAAAAUACAACAACACCAAAUAAUCAAUUAAGAAUUACAUUAGGACAUUAUGCAACAAUGAUAAUAUCAAUGUAUUUUAAUGAUAUUAAAGAUUUUAUUAAUUUAGAAAUUGGUGUUAAAAGAUAUAGAGGAAAUAUGGAACGAUUUCAUUUUAAUCCAAUUUCUUUAAAUAAAUAUUCAAGAAAGUUGUUUCCUAACAUUGAAACAUUUCAUAUUUAUAAUAAAGAUGAUGAAAUAUUUAAAGAUGGAAGAAUAUUUAAAAAAGUAAUAUGGUAUAAAGUAGAUUAUUCAACAUAUUUAAAAAAGAAAGAAAAAUGGAGUGUAUAUAAAAAUAUUGAAUAUACAAAAGGAGAUAUAUGGAAAUAUGGAAAUACAAUACCACUAGAAGUUACAUCAAUUAUAUACGGAUGCUUUGAAGGAGAUGAAGAACUAACAUCAAUCACUAUACCAACAACAGUUAAAGAAAUAGGAUCUAGUUGUUUUAGUAAAUGUUCAUCAUUAACAUCAGUUAGUAUACCAUCAACAAUCAGGGAAAUAGAAUUUAGAUGUUUUAAAGAAUGUACAACAUUACCAUCAAUUAUUAUACCACCAUCAGUUAGUGAAAUGGGAAAUUAUUGUUUUGGAUAUUGUACAAGAUUAAGUUCAAUUGAUUUAUCAUCUUCUGUUAAUAAAAUAGGAAAUUAUUGUUUUAUUGAAUGUUCAUCAUUACCAUCAAUUAAUUUACCAUCAUCAGUUUGUAAAAUCGGAGAUUAUUGUUUUUAUAAAUGUACAUCAUUAACUAACAUAACCAUACCAUCAACAAUUACAUCAUUUGGAAGAAGUUGUUUCUUUAAAUGUGGAUGUGAAGAAAUGUUAAAGAAGAAUGAAAGAAUACCAAAAGAAUGUUUUUAUGAAUAA